CCGGACCUUCUCUUUCCCCGGAAGGAGAGGGAGCGCGGCCGGGCGCGCAAGGUGGGGAGGUGCGGCGCUGGGCGUGGGGAGGCGGGGCGCGCGGAAGCACCCCUCCCUCCCGGCCUCCCUGCGGUCUACCGGCCGGCCAGCCCAGAUCCGUCACGCAGCCGGGAUCGAAGUCGACUGUGCGGCCAAGGGGGCGCGGCCGGGACCAGCUGUGAGGCCGGGUGUCCGGGGCGGGGGCGCGGCGAGCAGAGGCAGGGCUGGCCGGAGAGGAGACCCGCGGACCCAGGAGCGCACCUGAGAGCGCGGACGGUGAGCGGAUGUGCAGCCGAUCGGCGCCGCGGGGCUGAAGGACGCGGCGGCGGGCCGAGCUGUGCUGCGGUGCGGCGAGCAGGUGAACGUGUCCCGCACCCCCAGCCCCGCGUCCUCGCGCGCUCCCGCCCGGGCGCCCGCUGCCGCCCGCACCCAUGGGACCCAGCUCCCGCCCCGCCAGCCCGGUCCUGCGCCCGGCGCUCUGCGCGCUCGCCCUGAUUGUGGCCGCCGGCGGCCGCGUCGCCUCCGCCUUCAACCUGGACACCCGAUUCCUGGUGGUGAAGGAGGCCAGGAACCCGGGCAGCCUCUUCGGCUACUCGGUCGCCCUCCACCGGCAGACGGAGCCGCAGCAGCGCAACCUGCUCCUGGUUGGUGCUCCCCGUGACCUCGCCAUAUCUGAUCGCUAUACCAACCGGACUGGUGCUGUGUACCUGUGCCCACUCAGUGCUCACAAGAAUGACUGUGAGAGGAUGGACAUCACAGAGAAAAGUAACCCUGGCCAUCACAAAAUUGAGGACAUGUGGCUUGGGGUGACUGUGGCCAGCCAGGGCCCUGCAGGCAGAGUCCUGGUCUGUGCCCACCGCUACACCCAGGUGCUGUGGUCGGGGUUGGAGGAGCAGUGGCGCAUGGUGGGCAAAUGCUACGUGCGGGGCAACAACCUCAAGCUGGACCACACGGACGACUGGCAGACCUACCACAACGAGAUGUGCAACAGCAACACGGACUACCUGGACACGGGCAUGUGCCAGCUGGGCACCAGCGGCGGCUUCACCAAGAACACGGUGUACUUCGGAGCUCCCGGUGCCUACAACUGGAAAGGAAACAGCUACAUGAUUCAGCGGAAGGAGUGGGAUUUAUCCGAAUACAGUUAUAAGGACGAGGAGGACCAAGGAAACCUCUAUAUUGGGUACACGGUGCAGGUGGGCAGUGCCAUCCUGCACCCUACAAACAUCACCAUUGUGACGGGUGCCCCGCGGCACCGACAUAUGGGUGCUGUCUUCUUGCUGAGCCAGGAGGUAGGCGGCGACCUGCGGAGGAGGCAGGUGCUGGAGGGCACACAGGUGGGCUCCUAUUUUGGCAGCGCCAUUGCCCUGGCAGACCUGAACAAUGAUGGGUGGCAGGACCUCCUGGUGGGUGCCCCCUACUACUUUGAGCAGAAGGAAGAGAUAGGGGGCGCCGUCUAUGUCUUCAUGAACCAGGCAGGCACCUCCUUCCCUGCCCAGCCCUCCCUCCUCCUUCACGGCCCCAGCGGCUCCGCCUUCGGCUUCUCCGUGGCCAGCAUUGAUGACAUCAACCAGGAUGGAUUCCAAGACAUCGCUGUGGGAGCGCCGUUCGAGGGCUUGGGCGCGGUGUACAUCUACCACAGCAGCUCCAGGGGUCUCCGCCAGCAGCCCCAGCAGGUGAUCCACGGAGAGCAGCUGGGACUCCCCGGCUUGGCCUCCUUCGGCUACUCCCUGAGUGGGAAGAUGGACGUGGACGAGAACUUCUACCCGGACCUGCUCGUGGGGAGCCUGUCGGACCGCGUCGUGCUGCUGCGGGCCAGGCCCGUCAUCAACAUCCUCCACAGGACCCUGGUGGCCAGGCCGUCCGUGCUGGACCCCGCGCUCUGCACAGCCACCUCCUGUGUGCAGGUGGAGCUGUGCUUUGCUUACAACCAGAGUGCUGGGAACCCCAACUACAGGAGAAACAUCACCCUGGCCUACACGCUGGAGGCAGACCGGGACCGCCGCCCGCCCCGGCUCCGCUUCGCCCAGAGCCAGUCGGCUGUCCUCCAUGGCUUCUUCUCCAUGCCCGAAAGGCGCUGCCAGAAACUAGAGCUGCUCCUGAUGGACAACGUCCGCGACAAACUCCGGCCCAUCGUCAUCUCUAUGAACUACUCGUUACCUUUGCGUUUGCCUGACCAGCCCCGGCUGGGAAUGCGGUCCUUGGAUGCCUACCCAGUCCUCAACCAGGCCCAGGCUCUGGAGAACCACACUGAGGUCCACUUCCAGAAGGAGUGCGGGCAGGACAACAAGUGCGACAGCAACCUGCAAAUGCAGGCGGCCUUCGUGUCGGAGCAGGGGCAGCGGCUGAGCAGGCUCCAGUACAGCAAAGACCUCCGGAAACUGUACCUGAGCAUCAAUGUGACCAACACGCCAAGCCGGGAGCGGGCUGGGGAGGACGCCCAUGAGGCGCUGCUCACCCUGGCGGUGCCCCCCGCCCUGCUGCUGUCCUCCGUGCGCCCUUCUGGAACCUGCCAGGCCAACGAGACCAUCCUCUGUGAGCUGGGGAACCCCUUCAAAAGGAACCAGAGGAUGGAGCUGCUCAUCGCCUUUGAGAUCAUCGGGGUGACCCUGCACACGCGGGAAUUCCAGGCGCAGCUGCAGCUCUCCACGUCAAGUCACCAGGACAACCUGUUGCCCAUGACCCUGACUCUGCUGGUGGACUACACUCUCCAGGCCUCGCUUAGCAUGGUGAGUCACCGGCUACAGAGCUACUUUGGGGGAAAGGUGAUGGGCGAGGCUGGCAUGAAGACCGUGGAGGACGUGGGAAGCCCUCUCAAGUAUGAGUUCCAGGUGGGCCCAGUGGGAGAAGGGCUGGCAGUCCUGGGGACCCUGGUGCUGGGGCUGGAGUGGCCCUAUGAAGUCGCCAACGGCAAGUGGCUGCUGUACCCCACGGAGAUCACCAUCCGAGGCAACGGGUCCUGGACCUGCCAGCCGCCAGGAGACCUCGUCAACCCUCUCAACCUCACCCUCUCAGUCCCCGAGGACAGACUGCCAUCUCCGCAGCGCAGGCGGCGACAGCUGGACCCAGGGGGAGUCCAGGGCCCCCCGCCUGUUCCUCUGGCUGCUGCCAAAAAAGCCAAGUCUGAGACCUUAUUGAAGUGUGGCAGCGUCCACACCCGCUGUGUGUGGCUGGAGUGCCCCAUUCCCGACGUCCCUGUCCUCACCAACGUGACGGUGCGGGCUCGAGUGUGGAACAGCACCUUCAUCGAGGAUUACAGAGAGUUUGACCGAGUCAGGGUCACCAGCUGGGCGACCCUGUUCCUCCGAACCAGCGUCCCCACCAUCAACAUGGAGAACAAGACUGUGCCGUUCUCCGUGGACAUUGACUCCGAGCUGAAGGAGGAGACGCCAACCGAGAUCCAGCUGUGGCUGGUGCUCGUGUCCGUGGGGGCCGGGCUGCUGCUGCUGGGGCUCAUCAUCCUGCUACUGUGGAAGUGUGACUUCUUUCAGCGGACCCGCUAUUACCAGAUCAUGCCCAAGUACCACGCCGUGCGGAUCCCGGAGGAGGAACGCUACCCGCCUCCGGGGGGCACCCUGCCCGCCAAGAAGCACUGGGUGACCAGCUGGCAGGCGUGGGAUCGAUACUACUGACAUCCUCCCUGACCCCACCCCCGCGCCCCCGGUGUCCCCUCCUUCUCUUUGUCCUCAGUUAAGUUAUGCCCCGACAGUCCGCAGGGGCCGCGGCCCUUGGCUGGCACACACCUCUCUGAGCGCACGGCUGUGCCAUCCCACCAUGGGCUUCUCCACGCAGGAGGGCUGGGGCCGUGGACAUGGCUACGCCGAGCACGCUGCAGCCCCGUGUCCUGGACACACGUGGGUCCCGCUGCUUGUGCACUGUGCUUGUGCACCACAGAGGGUGCGUGGACACGCGUGUGCCAGCCUCUGCCGAUGCCAAAACCAAGCCCGGGGCCUCUGCCAGAGCCGGGAAGGAAAGGCCCCGAAGUGGCGACACCUCCCCUACUCACACUGGAGCCACCCUGAGCCGCAGUCCCUGGGUGGACCCCGCUCUUGCGAUGAAAACUACUGACAGGGAACGGCCCACAGCCUCCAGGCUGCAGUUCCUGACACCGUGAGAGAGAACGCGGACGGGGGAGGACCCGCCCGAGGCCGCCCAAGGGGGCGUCUGAGGGCCAUGGCAUGCUCAGAUGCGAGAGCAGAAUGAACUAGAAAGAAGGUCUCUGGAUGGCUUUCUUUCAUGGACCGCGGCGUGCUCCAGUGGAGGAUGCAGCCUAAAGGGACGAAGACAGAUGGAGGAGCUGCUAGACACCUGGGCACGCUGCGCUGGGCCCGCCCUGGGAGCCCAGAGGAAUCCUCAACCGAGGAGCAGACGGACGGGUCCGGGCCAGGGAGAUGCAGGGAGGAUACGGAGGAAAUACCACUCCUCCCCACCACUACCGUCCUGGCGUCUGAAGGGCCCGGAGAGACCCCCAGGAGAUCACAGAGGGAGCGACACUUGAAUGUAGGACAGGGAGGGAGCCCUGUCCCUGACCCAUCGGCCAAGCCUCACUCCACCCCCACCAGCCAUGGGUUGGGGCCCUGAGGUGGAGUUCUUGGCUGCCCUUGGCUUUCAUCACCAACCAGCUCUGCCUUCUUCCCCGUGGGCCGAGCCCUGAGGCCCAUUCUGGGAGUCGAAGCUGGUUCCAGAAACCCCCUCUUGGCAGCCCCCCGCCCCUUCCACGGUACUGUAGCGGGGGAGCCCCUCCCCUCCUUGUGCCUUCUUUGUACAUAGGCUUCUCACGUCAACCAAUAAACAGCUCCCAUUUGUA